UAAAACUCAGUCGAUCUUGGCUCCCUGAACCGUGAGAACGGUCUUUUUACACCUAAUGGUCUAUCACGUGAAUUAUCCAGUGACACCCUCAACUCAGUGAAACAAGUGCGACAAGUUAUUGUCAUCGAUAAAUAUUCGGAUUUCAAGUGUUGAAGAUUAUCUUGCGACGUCGCAAUGUCGUAUUAUGGGGACAGUAUGUCUUACUACUACGGGGGUGCAUUCGCUAAUCACAGCUCUUUAAUGACAGGCACAGGAAGGAUCUACACACCCCUCCGCUUUGCCCCUCACCUAUCAACAAUAUCCGAAUCACCCUUGAGUAAUUACCGUCGUUACACCCCGGUAGUAACAUCAUUACGUCCCAAAAGAAUCAUCGACACAGCUGACAUUGACGUAUCAACACCGCGUACACUCCACACAGAUCACUCACGUCCUGGUAAUCGUCUGCGUCGAGAUCGUCCAACCAUCAGGAUUCGCUCCCAAGCUCUUAAAGACAAUCCAACUCUUCGUGAGCACAACGAGCGUCACGAGAAGACCGUGGGUGAGCUUCUCCGUGAGAAAUUCUUCAUAAAAGACAAGAAAUCAACCCAAGACACCCCCAAACACAAUCACCUAGUUAAUGAAGCCACGGAUGACACGUCGGAGGCGCCCCAGGGAAGACUCACUCGAAGGAUGACACGUCGUCGCUCAUCCGCCGAUAUCCAGAUGGAUCCGGGCCAGCUGGAACGAGAAUUAGCCAUCGCCCAAGUGCAGGCAGAAGUUCUGGACAAUCUAGUCGCCGAAGAGCAAGCGGAGAUUGAAGUUGAAGUUAGAAGAGGUACUCUCCUCCACAAGAGUCAGUUACGAUCAGCUGGUGUAAGUAAAUCCGAGUCCGAGGCCGACAAGACCGACGACAGCAAGAAGAAGAUACCCAAGAAGAUAAAAAAGAAGAAAAAGACAACGGAAAAGCCAUCACCCCCCUCAUCAACACCAUCAACCCCAUCAACACCAGCAGAUGAUGUCAAUAAUACAGCCAAGCUGUUCAAGAUCGAGGCGUCAAACAGCGUCGGUGACUUCUCCACAAUUCUAAUCAACUCUAAAGACAACCAGAAAAGGAUUGAUCAGUUCAGGGAGAGCAUAAGGCUACCACCACCAAAACCAUCCAAGAUGGAGUGCAGCGAAGAAGAAGUUGUCGUUUUACCCAUCAAGAAGCCGUACAUUCACGAUAAUUCACGUAACAGCGUGUACUUGACCGUGAAGCAACAAAUUGCUAAGUCAUCGGGGCCGAGGGAUGAUGACGGAGGGACCAAUCAGAUAUCGCCACGAUUUAAAAUGGAUCGGGUUAAGAAUGAGAGUGAUUUAAAACUUGCCAAUAUCCGGGCUAAAGAUAAACUCGAUACAGAGGACGUACCGAUCAAUGAUAUUGAUGUGGAUGAGAUCGAUGAGAUUGCGAGGUGUGGAAUCACUUCGACUCAGAAGGGAUUGAUGAAAACAUCAGAGGAAUCGUCGAGAGGUAGUCGUUUGGAUUCGGUGGAAAUUAUCAAUUCGGGGGCCAGUGUUGUUGAGAGUGCAGUGGAAAAUACUCAUGAUUAUUUAAAUCGUAAUUUUGAAAAAGAUGUUUGUGAGAUUUUCCAGGAUAUGCCAGUGGCGAGUGAAGACAGUGGGGAGGGCGUCUGGGAAUUGCCUGGGGCAGGCCUCGUUCAUACCCAGGAAGGCGAUCAGGAUAUAAUCAGUGAAAAAGUCGAGGCGUUGUUCUCACCGGGGAAAGGAGAUGGGGAAAUUGUGCGUAAAAAAGAGGACGAGACGGAAAGCGAUUGCAGUGAGUUAAAAAUAACAAAUGGGGAGGACAGAAUUACAGCUGUUCAGACUGACAUUUUGAAGAAAAAUAAAACGUUGAAUAAGCUUGAGUCAUCUUUGAGUCAAAGCAAAAUUCCAGAUGAUUGCAAGGUUAAGAUCUCGAAAAAGGAGAAGCUAGAUAAGUCCAAGUCCCUGUCUAUUGAGAGUAAAAUUCCCUCUGUUUCUAAGUCUCCAAUUAUUCAAAAAAGCAAAGGGUUGGAUGAAUCGAAAUCUUCAGUAGACACGACAGAAAGCAAAAAGGAUAAAUCUGUUGAAAAAUCGAAAUCUUUAUCCACCGAGAGCAGAAUUUCCUCAGUUUCCAAAUCUAGUAUUGAUGAGAUGAAGUCUCCGAAAGUUGAGAAUUUUGUAGAUAAAGCCGAACUAUCUGUAGACAAUCGAAUUGCCUCCAUUUCUACUGAAACUGAAAGAACCGAAACCACAAAAUUCAUGAGCGAUUCGAAUUCCUCAGCGGUAGAAAAAGAAAUGCACUCAGAAGACAGAAAAACUUUAAAUGAAACCAGUUGUUCACCUGUACAAACAGCACUUCCUUUAGUGCCUAGAUUAGAAAUGAUAGAAAAAGAGCCGCUAGAAAAAGCAAAAUCACCACUCGAGAAAGAAGCUAUCACUAUCAAAAUAGAAGGGCCCGAAAAAAUCAACCCCUUGAGCAAAUCAAAUUCCUUGACAGACAGUUCCUUCUCUUCCCUAUCAGCCAAAGAUCUCAAGCCGAAAUCUAAAAUGGCAAAAUCAAAGUACCUCUCCACAGACAGUGGAAUAGGUUCCCUGGAGCUUGAUCCACAUCAACCAGAGAAAAAAUCAAAAAAGAAACUCCAGAGCUCCAAGGGUUCGUCCUUCGAGUGCGAUCAGGACUCGAAAUCAAAUCUCUUGUCAUCCAAAUCACCGAAAAAAGUUAAGCGAUCGGACAAAGCCAAAGUACCACCUGUGAAGAAGUUAAAGAAAAAGAUAACAAGUGCAAAAACCCUUCCCCUUCCCUUGAUCAAUGACUCCCCAACGGAAAUAAUUCUCACCCGAGUGUCAUCAACCGAAGAAAUCCCUGUAAAAGGUCCAUUCAAAUCCCUACGUUCCUUCCCCCUCGCAAAAUCCGAGCCCAAACUCCUGCCAUCCCUCAAUGAAGAUGAAAAAACGGACGAGAUAGACUUCUGGUCGGAGAUCAACAAAUCCUCACCUCCCAAAAUAGAUCGUCCAAAGCUGUCAUUAAAGUUACAAUUACCCGACGAAAUAAUAAAAGACCAAGUGAAACAAAAUACCAGUGAAAUUAUCCAAGAAGCAAUAACGAAAGAAGAAGUGAAACUCCCGGAAGCUAUUUUUGACAACUCGUUGAGUUCAGAGAACUCGUUGACGAGCGAAAGAAAUUGUGAAACAGGGACUGAAACCAGAAUGGAGAUAUUAUUAUCCCAAGUCAGUGAAAUUGAACCUAAAGUACCUGGAGAUUAUGUGAAAUUGGUAGAAAUAGUGACUCCAGUGGAAGCUGUACCACCAGUAACUGCAGCAGCAGCUGUAGCUGAUGAUAAGCCAUUAUCAGAAGUCUGCAAAAAGCCUGAGAAAAAUACUGACGAAAUUCCCGACGAGAAUUCCGAGCCUUCGACACCUGUAGUAGAAAUUCCUCUUGCAUUCGUAACUCCAGAUCCAAUAGCAACAGUUCCUCAAGUACCUGAAGAUCAAAUCGAAGAUGAAGACGACAGUCCAACGACCCCAACUAAUGAGGACACGAGUGGGUGCCUAUCAAAAUGGGAAAAAGCAACAGAUUUAACAACACUGGAUGGAAAAAAUGUCCCCUCCAGUGGUGCUGAAGCUGGAAAUGAGGUCGCAACGCCCAAAGUAUCGAAGAAGAAGCUGAGUAGACGAAAAAAGUCUGUCAGUGAGGACACGAUCAUAAGACGAGUCCCGGACAAAAUAACAAGUGGUAUAGAGCUGUCCAAGGCUUGUGCACCACUCAAGAUUCUGAAGACGAGUCCACCAAAACCAGCGAAACGACCAAUUGAUCUCAACAAGAUGUUCUACACAACCCCAUCAUCAUUGCUCACCGCAACACCCAGGGAUCUUGCCAAGGUGAAGAGGGUGAAAGUCAAGAAGGAAAAACACCCUGUGAGAACACCAUCAGCCAGCAGUGACAGCACAGGAAGUACGAGGAGCAGUCAGGGUACAGCUAGCUCCAGGAGUAAUUCAACAGAGAUUGAGGACGAGUCCGGACAGAAGAGAAUCUCUUCAACCAGGAGUAAUGACUCUGGAUUCGAUGGCUCACCCAGAUUAUCCAAUUGCGAAAUGGCCUGUCACAAGAAAUGUGAAAAAUUAACCGGAAAUUUGUGUGGACUCAACCAAAAACUAGUGGCCGAGGCCCUGCAGGCAUUGAAACGAGCCCCUUCACAAUCAUCAGACAAUCAGAGAAAUUCAGACAGCUCGGAUCAUGUACAUGGAAGUGGCAGAAUAACUCCACCAGCUACUAAUCUACCGAGAUUCAAAAAAUACACCGUAGAAGACUUUCAUUUCCUCAAAGUAAGUCCAAUUGAGAAUAUCCAAAAGAGUCACGUUACCGUAAUAAUUUUUGUUAUUCUUCUGCAGUCACUCUCCUGGGAUAGAUUAGAGAGGAGACAAUUGGACCCUCCCUUCAAGCCAGCCCUGGAGCACACCCUGGACACCCGUUACUUCGACACAGCUUUCACAGCUGAGAAGCCACGCCUGACCCCAGUACCUGAGCAAAUUCUCACAUCAAUGGACCAGGGUGUCUUCAGAGGGUUCUCCUACACGAACCCCAACGCCACGGACUGAAGGGAAAUAAAUUCCCCGAUCCCUGGAAUCAAACAAACCACGUGCUGUGAUUGGAAGCGUCCGUUUCCUCAUGAAAAAUGGCUGCAAACUGGGAGAAUUCGAUGAAAAAAAAUCCAGAGAGUCAUUUCUGAGAUCCCAUCGUUGGUUCCCAGCUUCGGCACAUUUUUUAGAUCCUAAUUGUAAAUGAAAAACCCAAAGAAACCACUGGAAAGCGUUUUGAUCGCUCGUUUGCAGAUUUCAUGAUCCUUUUAAUAUUUUUCAUUAACGGAGAUACGAUUUAUUUCAUUCCACACAACCCACACAUCAAUCUACAUCUUAUGAAUAUUCUCACCGAAUAUUUAACGAUUUUUUAAUAGAAAAUAUGGAAUACGCAUAAGACUGUAUUUUUGAAUUGAGUCGUCGUGGAAGAAUCUAAUGAAUCUUAAUUUUUUUCUAUUAGGUGGUGAGAAUUAGAGGCAAAAAUGAAGAUUCAUGGAAUUGUAUGUAAUAAAGAUUUAUCUAGUUGUUUAAUAGAUGUAGAUUUUUUUCAUUAAUUGUAAGUGAAUUUUAACUUUUUCGAUUAAACGGCGGAAUUUGGUGAUAAAUUAAAUAGAA